GUUAAAAUAGAUGGACAAUCCUAUCAAGCUAAGUUAAUUGAAUUCCUCUUCAGAACAUAAGGAAAUCGUAGACAAGUUCUUCAAGAUUCCAACCCAAUAAAUUCAGAAAGUCAAUCAGAAGUAAUAAUCUAAAUCUGACAUCAUAAAUGAAUUGCGCCAAGAGAAUUAUGAUUUAAAAAAUACAGUCAAUGAUUUGAAAUAAAGAAUUCAAGAAUUGGAAUCUCAAUUACAAAAUCAAUAAAAUCCUCAAAUCGAAGAAGAGAAUUAGGAACAAGUUUCUGUUGAGAAAUAGUAAAAUGAAAUAUAAGAAGAAAUGACAGAGGAAGAAAAAUCAAUGCAUUUAGCAUUCAUGUUGUAAUAGCAAGAAGAAAUGGAAUUUUAAAAUCGUCUAGCACAGUAUAUAUUUUUAUUCAUCCUUCUCUAGAAUGCAAAACAACGUAGAUCUUGAUGAAAUGAGCUAUGAGUAAUUACAAGAAUUGCAAGAAAAAAUGGGAUUCGUCAGCAGAGGGCUGCUCCAAAACCAAAUUCAAUUACUUUUGAAAUAGUGCAAAAUCAAAUAACAAAUCAACGAUUGGUAUGAAGUUUUGUAGAUUUUAGUUGUACAAUCUGCUUAGAAGACAGUGGAAGUCCUGUUGAAAUUGAGCUGGAAUGCAGCCAUGUGUUUCAUCAGGAAUGCAUCUCUGAAUGGCUUUCGAGGGAAAAACACUGCCCCGUAUGUAAGAGAGACAUAAAUCUUAGUAAAUUCAAAUGA